UUUUUUUUUUUUUUUUUCUUUCUUUUCCUCUGAUUCUUUCAAGCAUCAUUCAUUUUAAUUUACCUUUUUAAUCACAUUCCAUGGUCAAAUUCAGCCAUAGUCUGCAGUUUAACGCUGUCCCCGACUGGGCUAGCGAAUACAUUGCAUACUCGAAUUUGAAGAAGAUACUUUAUGCCAUUGAGCAAUACAAUGUUCAGGCCACCAUUGAUGCAAGAUCAGAAGAUAUCGAACAAGGUCACGGCAUCAGCAGUAGUGUCAAUCCUAAAUCCUCGUCUCAAAAGAUUGGUCACCAUCUAUGGGGAGGACGGAAGGACGAUCAGUAUCAAAAGAAGACUGCUGUUGAGAAUGUUGCGCAGGAAGCAGAAUUACAUAAUGGCAGUAACAUCUUUCCACCUGAUAGUGCAGUCUUUGAGCGUGAAUUGGCCAAGGAAUUAGUCAAAGUUACAUCAUUCUAUAUCCGUAAAGAACGUGAAUUGUCUGCUGAGCUUGACGCUAUUGACCGUCAAUGGCAGUUGGAAGAGCUGAGGCAGAAGCAGGAACGUAUUACUCAAGGCGAAGGGGAAGAUGAUGGGACCCAAAUAGACUCUGGAGAGAUGAAUCGCCGCAUCUUGGCCAAUGUUGAUGAUGAAAAGCGGCUAGGGGAUGUAGAAAAGUCUCAGCUGAAAGAGAUGAUGGGUUGGGAGGAGGAUGGUUUGGUGGACCAUGGAGUAAGCGCUGAUUUCGAGAGCCCAAGAGGAAAAGGAUACCCUGCAUUGGUUGCUGGUGAGUCCACGAUUGCGGAUGGAAGUGAGUACAAACCCGAGUCACAUAGCCACCGAGCUUCCGCCGGCGACUUGACUGACAUUGUCUGGAGACGUAAGUGCCUUAUCGAAGAGCAAGAGGAGCACACCAAGAGCGAGAGAGAGCACCGACUACAUCCCCUGGCAGCAAGAACAACUUCCUCCGUUAACAACAAUAGCAACGAUAAUAUCCGUCAAGGAUCAUCUUCACAUACUUUAGAAUCUUGCCCUGCUUCAAGUCAUCAGAAUCUCGACACUCCAUUUACUCCUGAGAUCAAGUCAUCCUCUCACAAUCAUAGUACGAUGCAGCAUCAACAUAGGCCCUUACACGGCGGCAGACGUUCAAGCUCCUUCGUGCAUGAUAUUGUCACAGGUGCCCAAAUGUAUGAGGAUCCCAAUCAGAGACCCUCUGUCUACGCUCCCUUGACUGCGGAGGCUCUUCUCCGCAGACGUGUCAUCGACAACUUCAUGCAAUUUUCUGAAUUAAAAUCCUACGUGGCCUUGAAUUAUCUGGGCUUCCAAAAAAUUGUCAAGAAGCAUGACAAACUGGCCCAUUGCACUACCUUGACCCGAUAUAUGUCAACUGUAGUUGAUUUGGCGGCCCCCUUUCAAGCCGAGUCGCGCCAGAGCCUGGAUAGUCAGAUCAGACGACUCCAAGCUAUCUAUGCCUCUACUUGCACCAACGGAAAUAUGGCCCAGGCUGCGAAGGAACUCCGGUCUCAUUUGCGUGAGUAUAUCGUCUGGGAACGUAACACUAUCUGGCGUGAGGCGGUCAGCCAGGAACGAAAGGCCGAAGGAGCCAGAGCUGUUGAUCCAAAUGAACGGGAACCAUGGAUGCUAUUCGGAUACCCUAUCCACUUCAUCACCGCCGCAGAUGCUCGCCACAUCCUCCUUGGCAUCAUAGGUAUUGUUAUUUUUGCCGUCCUGAUGUCAGUCUCCGUCUUUGAUACACGAGAGCAGAACCGUUGCUUUGCAAUCUUGAUCACAGUCGCGUUCUUUUGGGCAACCGAAGUCAUGCCUUUGUUUGCUACUGCACUUCUGGUUCCUCUGCUGACAAUUCUCUGCCAGGUUAUGCGUGAUCCCAAUACCAAAGCUACCCUCUCGACCUCGGCUGCCGCAAAGGUAGUCUUUGGCUACAUGUUCUCUCCAACAAUCAUGCUCUUACUCGGAGGUUUUACUAUUGCUUCCGCACUUUCGAAAUACGGAAUUGCCAAGGCCAUUGCAAGCACAGUUUUGAGUAGAGCAGGGACAGACCCCAAGUGGGUCUUACUUGCGAAUAUGCUUGUCGCCACAAUCUCCUCCAUGUUUAUCAGUAAUGUCGCAGCUCCUGUCCUUUGCUUUUCUUUGGUCCAGUCCAUCUUACGUACUCUCCCUCACAAGUCAGCUUUUGGCCCUUGUCUGAUCAUGGGAAUUGCUCUUGCAUCGAAUGUUGGUGGUAUGGCUUCGCCUAUUUCUUCACCUCAGAACAUUAUCACGAUCCAAAACAUGACACCUUCGCCUUCCUGGGGUAACUGGUUCGCCAUAGCUCUCCCUCUGUGCCUUGUUAUCGAUCUGAUCAUCUGGGCAUGGUUAAUUAUCCUCUGGCGCCCACACCGUAACACACCUACGAUCCCUACUGUCCGCGCUACAAAAGACCGCAUCACAUUCUCACAAGUGUUCAUUUGUGUUAUUACCAUUGGGACCAUAAUACUGUGGUGUAUCGAGAAUUCAUUCCAGGAGCAGUUGGGUGACAUGGGUGUGAUUGCAAUCUUGCCUUUGGUCGCCUUUUUUGGCACUGGUUUGCUGAACAAGGAGGAUUUCAACAACUUUUUGUGGACGGUCAUCAUGUUGGCCAUGGGUGGAAUUGCACUUGGGAAGGCUGUUGAUUCUUCGGGACUGCUGGAUACCAUUGCUCAUUAUAUCCAGGAAGCGGUCGCGGAUCUGUCACAAUGGGUGGUGUUGCUGAUCUUUGGUGCCUUGACAUUGGUCUUUGCCACAUUCGUCUCUCAUACUGUCGCAGCAGUCAUCAUCUUGCCGAUUGUUCAACAGGUCGGCAUGUCUUUUGCGGACCCUCAUCCUCGAAUCUUGGUCAUGGGCACAGGUCUGAUUUGUUCUGCAGCCAUGGGCUUGCCUGUUUCGGGCUUUCCUAAUAUGAACGCUAUUGCUUUGGAGGAUGAAAUGGGUCUUCCCUAUCUCAAGACCAUGGACUUUUUGAAGAGUGGUGUACCUCUCUCUAUCUUGGCUACUCUUGUCAUCGUCACCAUGGGCUACGGUAUCAUGUCUGCCCUUGGAUUUUGAAUAACCCUUGCCUUUUGCUUUUCUACGAACCGUUGAGCGUUUUUAUCAUAUUGGAUAUCACCUUAUUUAUCAUCAAUUUCCUCCUCCUUGUACAUUAGCUUUUACUUGUAUGAUUAAAUUCGUAUCGCACGAGUAAAUUGAAUUAGUAAUUCAAAAACAUGGAGCCACAUGCUCCAUAUAUUGUUG